AUGAUGAUGGUCGACAUCGGAAUGGAGACGAAUAGAGAGAGGGAGCGCGCGACUCUCGCACGCUCUUUCAACAUGACGAAAGCACCGACACCCCCGCCACAAGCUCUUGAGCAUCUCGUCAUAUGCUCAGAUCCGACCAUCGGGUCACACUUAUGUCUUGGAUUUCGACUUGUACGUGCGACGGGAACACACGCGUAUCGGAAAACCAAGUGGUUGUGGGGUUUCGAGAUAGAUGGUGAGCACGGUCAUGUGUUUGAGUGUUUGGUGCUGAACAAACCCUUCCUCAUGCAUGAACAAGGGCGAGACGUUUACUUCCUCGAGGGAUAA